GCUUCAGAUGCAGGUCCUCUUGACAGUUCAGUGCGCUUUCGCGUGUUGCGCUGUGAAGUUCGUUUGGAAGGAGCCACUUUGAUUGCCUCUUUCAGAGAAAACCAGCAUCCAGAGGCAGUGAGAGUGGAAAAUUUUUUGGAUCAUGCCGUAGUUUUUAAAGAAAGUAGUAAAGGCAGUAUUAAACACCUGCUUCUUCCAGGACGGGCUCUUCCUUACACAUACGAUAAUCCUUGUGGGAUUCACGAGAUAAAAUGGAAAGUUGUGGGCAAGGAGAAGGCCUUGACGAAAAGCCACUGGGUAACCAUUAGCAUGGAGGAGAUUCAGCGCACCUUUCAGACGGUAAAGAUCGGUGACAAGGGAAAAAUAAUAUACGGAGUCUCUUUCCCGGAAGGGCCCACCCGAAUCCUUCUUUUUUCGGAAAGGCAUAGUGUUGUCAAUCGUAUAUUGGAUCGCUUCAGCAGCCGGAAGACUGCCUCUACCAAAGCAUCUGACUCUCCAAGCGAGGUGGUUUUUGAAGGACAUCUGUCUCUGGCGGGUGCGGGAGUCUCGCUCAUCAGCCUCCAUUCUAAAGAGUUGUGCUAUCUUCACGUGGAUUGCGUGUCCGUCGACUGUAACGUUUCUCGUCUAGAAGUAGAUAUGACUGUGAAAGUGCAACAUUUGCAGUUGGACAACCAAACGGACACGCUCUUCCCUGUCUUGCUCACUGCUUCUUACCAACCUGGCGCGGCUCAAGACGAUCCUUUAUUCCCGUUUUUUUAUGCCAAGCUCGUCAAGGCCAGACUAACUGCGGGACAAUCGAUAUAUCUAGAGCACUAUCCUUUGAUAAAAAUUAAAGUUCGACCUAUGGUUUUUCAAGUGGAAGAAAAUUUUCUAACAGAACUUUUCCGUUUUUUUUCUUUUGACGACCUUCCGGAUCAAUUUAUGGUAGAAGAGCCAAUGGAUGCCAUGGGAGAGGCACUAAUUGAAGUCUCUCAUGAGCUGGUUUUGAAUACGGACCAGAAAGCCACGCGAACACUUUACUACGAGCAUUUGAACAUCAGCUCGAUAAGUUUUCUUCUGACCUUUAUGCUUUCUAGCGGAGAGCAAGCACUCUCUGAUCCUGGUAACAAUUUCGUGCUCAUCUUGCUGCGGUCUAUCGGAGGCGCGGUGUGCAAUGUUAGCAGGACACCGAUCCGGCUUUCUCAAGUUCAGCGGGCUCAUGCUGUCAGCACACGAAAGUUAACCUACGAAGCCAUUGUGCGACACUACCGUUUUAACAUUAUUCGCGAGUUAUUUAAGGCGUUUGGCAGCCUCGCAUGGCUUGGCAACCCGCUUGCUACCCUACACGAGAUUAGUUUUGGCUUGAUGAGUUUUGGUCGGUUGACAUUCUUCGGAGCUAAAGAGGGAAGACUGGGUAGAGGGUUGCGUAUGGGAUGUAAAGCUCUUUGGUCAUACACGUGCUCUGGAGUCUUCAAUAUGAUUGUCAGUUUGCUGAGUACGCUGAGCGGCCUGCUCUGCUCGUGCACCCUCGAUCCUUCCUAUAAGAAAUCGAGGAAAGAGAAACUGACAAUCAAGCCGAGCACAUGUUUCGCGAGCAUAUUGCUUGGCGCACAAUUGUUUGCGCAUGGCUUGGCUAUAGCGUUAAUUGCGAUAAUUAUAAAACCGCUGGAGGGCUAUAAACGGCAAGGCCCCAUCGGUCUUAUGAAAGGUCUCUGUCGAGGCUUGCUAGCCUUCAUUAUAAGGCCACUUCUGGCGUUUCUGGAUUUGACCACUUACUUAUUAAAUGCGCUUGUCAUUUGGGCUUCCAAAAGUCGGAUCAUGAAAAGAGCACGACCGCCACGAUUUAUAGAUGCCGAUGGAAUCAUCCGUCCUUAUGACCUGCAUGCAUCAUCCGGGAACUACAUUUUAAGGACGAUGUGCAAUGGCAGCUUUAAGCACGAGGCGUAUGUGGACCAUAUAAGCUAUUCAAAAGCUACUUCGCAAGGAAAAAAGAGAAUUGUGUUAUUGACCAAUUAUCAUCUUUUUUUCCUGUACAACCUGAACUCUGGCUACUUCGCCAAACACGAAGUCCUCUUGAGGAGAAUCCAGGAAAAAGUCGUUACGAGAAAAGGUAUCAACUUAAUAGUAAAAAGGGCAUCAAAAAGUUCAACUCGCAAGGUCAAAAUAAAAACGCAUGAUACUGCCGUGAGAGAGCGGCUACUGAAAAUGUUGGAAUGCGUGGAGGUGCCUUUGACGGCGGAAGACGAGGAGGCGCCCAAAAGGCAACUUUCUGAAGAAAGCGGAUCCGAUACCUUCUGGGAUGAGAUGGAAAGCUUGAAGCUCCGGGCAAACGCUCUACAUAGCAAUGAGGCCCCAUUGGAAGGCCAAUCAAGCCCUGAACCAGAUGGCUCGCAAAUGCCCCUCUUUGGCAACGAGGGCUUCACCGACGUCAGCAUGAGCGAAGAGUAAAGCACAGCGACCAAUGGAACCAAAAAAGCAGUCAGUGCAAGGACGUGGUUUUAUUAUAACGAUAGAAGACUACGACAUGCCCCUUAGUUUCUCUUCCAGUGCUUUUAGUAGCUCCCUAACUUCCUCGA